AUGUCCGAGGGCCAGUAUGAGGGAGGAAAGUUGAGUGAACCGGAGUGGGUGGUUAUUCCUCAAGAUCAGUGCAAGCAAGUUGGUGAUGCUGUGAGUCUAAUCUGCACUGUAGCAAACAUUGACGUUGACGACAUGGAGUGGACCGCAAUUUACCCCACGAGACGCCCGAUAUCAGUUGGUCAAUUUAUAAACACACCCCAUUGUCCCAGUUCAUGUACUAUUAGGGUAGAUGAAAGCAUUGGCGAAUAUAACCUAACAAUAGAUCCACUUGAGAGCAAAGACUUUGGAGUAUGGCAAUGCUCCGCCCCGACAGCAGAUCCACAAGCAUACACGAUGUACCUUUCAGCUCCAGAUACAUGUAAUAAUGUAACCAUAUCCGUGAAUGACUACAAUUUAACGGAAAGCAACAUAUACACGGUUCAUAAUGGAAGCUAUUUGAACUUUAUAUGUGACCCCCAUGGAUGCCAAUACCCUUGUGUUACGACAAAGUGGUUUAACGGAACAGAAGAAAUAAAAACUUCAACUGAAAGCAAUGAAUUAAGUCUCACUGUGUCAGAAUAUGAUGAUGGGAUAUCUAUAACAUGCAGCGCUAAUGUAGCAACAGACCCUCCAGUAGAAGAUAUGACAGUUCUUCACGUCCUUCACCAACCUAGAGUGUUUGAAAUACUUAUUCUUGUUGGAAGCCAGCCCUUCACUAAAGGUGAUAAAGUUGAGUUGGAGUGUUCAACAAACGGGAACCCGGAUCCAAUUUAUGAAUGGCAAGUGGGUGAUGAAGUACUCCAGGACACUGAUCGUAUACUUAAUAUUGAAUUUAACAAUGAAGUUACGGUUAAGUGUACAGCAACUAAUCCGCAUGGUACUGAUUUCGAUACCAUUAUUUUGAAAGAAAAGGGAG